AUGUUCAAUAAUAUAUUACGACGGAACAACAAUAAUUCCAAUCCCACAAAUACAUUGAGAAAUGCUAGCAAUCAAAGUACCAAUAUAACAACAGGAUUAUCAAAUCAACCUGCUCCAAGAUUAGGUAGAUCAAAUAGUCAAGAAUCAUUAUCAACUCUAGUUACUUCAUCUACUGGUAGAUCGGAUCCAAAUCAACUGACAAAUCAACAUAAUGAUGAUAGUAAUAGCGAUCUAAUGUCGUUAUACUCCGAUGCAGCUACCGUCAUAAAUGUUCCUAUUGAGAUUAUGAGAAGACCAUUACCCCAGUACAAGGUGGUUAGACAAUUACCAUUAAUAUCAACUUUCUUACAUUCAGGUACUAUGGUUUUUAAAUCUUUGGAUUCAUUUAAUAAAUAUGCCGAAUUAGGUUCCACUAAUGAUCAACAAGUAAAACUGGAUAAGUCAACAGAAAGGGAGUAUCCUUUAUUACAAACCUUUUCAUCAAAAUUAAGUUUGUUAAAGUUGAAUUCUCCUAUUUUAACUAUACUCAAGUACAAAUCAAGUACAGAGAAGUAUGAAUUCGUUAAAGUGUACUUCAAAGUGUUGACUAAUCAUAUAAAUUAUUAUAUUUUAAAGUUUUUCAAUGAUAAUGGUCAAGUCAUAGAUACAAUUCAUUUAUUGAAUAAUAAUAGUAAUAAACCCACUGUUGAUUUUAACUUUGAGCAUACUAAUUUUAGAAUAGUUGGUAUAACGGGAACAUCAUCUACGUUUGGGACUAACGGAUUAAUCAAGCUUUACGUUAUGAAGAAUGAUGAAGUCUUGUUAUGUAAUGAUAAAGAUAUCGAAAUCAAUGAUAAAGAUCAGGUCAAAUUCAAUAGGAAAAGACGAGAUAGUAUGGAUGAAGCUAUUGACGAGUCUUCUUUAUAUUCAUUAAUUGAAAGUCAAGAUAAGUUAAAAAUAUCAAAAUAUAUUGAUUCUCAAACUCCAUUAAUUAAUAUCCCCAUGAGUCAAUAUUUAGACGAAGGAAAUAUUAAAAUGGAAAAACAUUUUAUUAAAAAUGGAACUAUAAAGAUUUUUGAUUAUGAUACUAAUGAAAUUAGCGAUGAGAAUAUUAAACUUGUUUGUAUACUUCUUGUGUUAAGAGAACAGGAAUAUCGGAAAUACAAAAGUAAUAAUAAACCAAGUUAUGUAAAUAAUAAGGAUUAA